AUAGUAUACUCCCCGUCGAAUCUUCCACUAGUUUUUCCCGUGUCUUGGGCUCUCUCUUGGCUCUGGGGUCGUGUGAGUGACAAGGGUUGGUGAGCUCGGGAUCAGUUGGCGACUUCCCUUCUGAGUUCUAGGUUCUUGGAGGAGGAGAGGAGGGCGGCAGGCAUGGGCAGCAUCGCCAAGCUGGCCAAGAGGGCCCUGGAGACGGAGGCGCCGGUCAUGGUCAAGAUACAAGAACUGCUUCGAGGGGCCACGGAUGUGAUGUCGCUUGCGCAGGGAGUUGUUUAUUGGCAACCUCCUGAGGCAGCUCUGAGCAAGGUCGAAAAAAUCGUACGGGAACCAUCUUGCAGUAAAUAUGGCGCUGAUGAUGGCCUCCCCGAACUUCGAGAAGCCCUUCUCGAGAAGCUUCGGAGAGAGAAUAAGCUAACCAAGUCAUCAGUUAUGGUGACCGCUGGCGCAAAUCAGGCCUUUGUAAACUUGGUUCUCACCCUUUGUGAUGCUGGGGACUCUGUUGUCAUGUUUGCACCAUAUUACUUCAAUGCCUACAUGUCAUUCCAGAUGACGGGUGUCACUGACAUAUUAGUUGGUGCUAGCAAUCCAAAGACUCUUCAUCCUGAUGUUGAUUGGUUGGAGAAGGUCCUGAAAGGAAAUGGCCCUAUCCCUAAACUUGUUACUGUUGUAAAUCCGGGAAACCCGUCUGGAUCUUUUGUUCCAAAGCCAAUGCUCCAGAGAAUUUCAGACCUGUGCAAGAGUGCUGGUUCAUGGCUUGUGGUUGACAAUACCUAUGAAUACUUUAUGUAUGAUGGAAUGGAGCACUACUGCUUAGAGGAUAGUCACAUUGUCAACCUUUUUUCAUUCUCAAAGGCUUAUGGAAUGAUGGGGUGGCGUGUAGGAUACAUUGCGUAUCCAAGUGAAGUCGAUGGUUUCCACGCGCAGCUCCUCAAAGUGCAAGACAACAUCCCUAUAUGUGCUUCUAUCAUUGGGCAGCACCUGGCGCUCUACUCAUUAGAGGCCGGCCCAGAGUGGAUCAGAGAAAGGGUGAAAGAUCUAGUGAAAAACCGUGAGUUGCUUGUGGAGGCAAUGUCUCCUCUUGGUGAGGAUGCUGUCAGGGGUGGGGAGGGUGCCAUCUACCUCUGGGCUAAGCUACCUGACAACUGUUCAGAUGAUUUUGAAGUUGUCAGAUGGCUCGCAAAUAAGCACGGGGUCGCUGUGAUCCCUGGGAGCGCCAGCGGAGGUCCUGGGUUCAUCCGUGUUUCCUUUGGUGGGCUGAAGGAGGCAGAGACGAGGCUCGCUGGCGAGAGGCUGAGGCGGGGUUUGCAACAACUGGUGACCGAUGGAAUGGUACAGUAACAGCCCAUCAGACAGUAAAAAUACAUUCUAGAUUCAAACCGCACAAGUCCAAUUUUUCGGCGAUAUAAUUUUGCUGGGAUUACUUCAGGGGAUUGAAAGGACCAUGUUUCCUAGUUCUUAUGUCAUAUAGAAUCGCACCAUGCUGGAGCUGCCCAAUGGAAAUGGCAAUCGGUCAGUGUGGGUAAUUGGGGUAGAAUAAAAGCCAUCCAGCCCCAUUCCAUAAUUCUCCAUCUGGUACUUAUCCCUUAUUUAAGUUUACUUUAUCCCUAGCAACUGUAUACAAGUAAAGUACAAGAAUUAUAAGGUGUUUUUACUCUUU